AAUGCAGGCCGCAACGGAUCGCAUCGACCCACGGACUGCUAUCAACGCCACGCACAAUGCGAGCUUUACAUACAAACUGGCAAGACAUCUGUUCCAGCUGCCGUCGCGCAUGCUCGGUCGCAUGCGUCGGUUUGACGACGUCCUUGAACAGUCUUUGACGGCAGGAGAAGCGGCCGACGGCGCCACUUCCGACUCUCGUAUUGCCCGGGCACAGCAGCGCAUGCGUGAAACAGGCUUGGCACCCUUGCCAGGCCCGUGGGGUUUCUUGACGUCGGGCUACUUCGUCGGACUGUUCUUCAUGUCCUUUCUCCUGCACCGGAUACAGAAUAUCGUUGUUCCUCCCCGCCACUCUUCGUACCGCCGGCAAAUACGAUCCAUUGAGCGUCGAUUCGGCAGGUGUAUCUGGACGAGGAUGCUGCGCGCUGUGCUCCCGGUCAAUCUUUCAUCGACGCGAUCCCGUCUGGUUUUCCGGAUGCCAUCCAUCUACCUUUUGUUGAAGAGUUCAACUCUGUGGACCGUUAUCCUAUUACAAACGGCGCAAUUGUACCCAUCCUCCGCGAACAGCCUAGUCCGGAACUUAGGUGACUGGGCGCAGAUGAAACAAAUGGACGACGUCUGUUGGUCAACUUUCGUGACCAUUUGCGUCGCUUUGUUCGUCGCAGCGCUCACAAACGGUAUGGAGGCGCUCCAUUCCGCGAGUAAUGCUCCGUUCAACCUGUUUGGGUACUCCUUCGUCCUCUACGUGUACGCCUCUCCUAUGACCCACAUCCACAAGAGCCGGGGAUUAGCUUCUCGGCCGGAUGUUCAUGUUCUCAUCACCAUGAUGCUGCCGCUGCUCCAGCUCACUAUGACUCAUUGUCUGGAAGUAAAGAAGAGCUGGGGACGGAAACGUCUCAUUCCGACCACCAUUGUUGGCAUACUAUCCCUGAUCCACUUCCACCUCGUGGUCUGGUGCUUCCCAUCAUCCUAUCCGUUGCCGAACAUCGUCCCCAACUUUGUCGAGUCGUUCCUGCUCUUUAUCACGAUCGUCACGACCGCCCUCAAUGCGAUGACGCAGCUCCUCAUGAACGGCACCAUUACCAAGCCCCUCGUCGGACACGCUGCGACACUCGUGCCGAAGUGGGAAGAGGACUUUUCCGUCGUUCUUUUCCGACUUGGGACGGCCAGUCUUGAAGCAACAAGCGUUGCUGGCUUCGGAAACGAAGUUGGUGGCAUCGCGGAGCUCUCUGGCGACAUUGCCAAGGCACCUUUUCAGCCGCACCAAGGCACGGUCGAGAUCAACCGCUCAGGCGUGGUGUCCAUCGCGUCUGGGAGGAAUAUGGGAGAGAGUCAAGGCUUUGCAAAUGAGAUCAGGAACGUCAAAGUCUCCUCAAGACAUUCAGAUGCCUGGAUUGACACACUAGUGAACGCUACAUGGACUAAAGAACUGCUGAGGUUCCUGCUUCAGAUCUGGAGGGUCGCACGAACCUCCACGUGUGCACUGUGGGCCAAAAUUAGAGGACGUUCCAGGCAAGCCAGCCUCGACCUCUCCACGCAGACCGCUGUUACAGAUGCCGAGGACGAGGACGUCAUGGAGAUCGAUGCCGACGUCUACCAGCGGUUCCUGCGUGGUGACGAGCUUAGCGAGGACGACGAUGACUUUGAGCCGAACGCAUCCCUGCCAGGCACGCCUUCUUCUGCUUCUGACGACGAGGCAGAGUCAGAGGACGAUGACCCCACACAUAAGAGCGCCUCUGACACCCUCAUCCUCUAUGCCGACCUCUCGGAAACAGCAAGCAGCUCGGCGACCGCACCGCUUCUGCUGGCCCACAUGACGAACCCCGACUCCUCGCCGCUCACCCGCCGGCGGUACUCGCGCUUCAUGUCCGGCGCACUCGGCCAGUCGUCGUCUGGCCAGAUCGCCGACUGGGGUGCGUUCGUGCAGGAGCGGCGCGAUUUGAAACGUGGGCACGCCGAGGACGAGGGCACGCUCGAGAGCCGGCGAGACUGCGUUAUCUGCACCGUCGAGCCGCGCGACAUCAUCUGCUGGCCCUGCCGAUGUCUCGCGCUGUGCGACGACUGCCGAGAGAACCUGGCGUCCAGGUCAGCCGCGUCGAAGCACCUGUGUCCGUGCUGCCGCAGACCAGUUGAGGGAUUCUCAAAGAUUUACAUACCAUGAAUGACCCCGUAUGUGUAAGCUAACCAUGACGGCCAGCAUCUAAUUUAUACGUCGAGACUGUGUAUAUAUAUCCAUCGCUUUGUAUCACCGUGCUUCCGUAUUCCAGACUAUUGACGGA